AGCGACGGUUCUGCCUCCCGUCUUUUUCAGUGCCUCAGGUUCUCGUGCUCAUGCUAUCUUCGGCACUGGGCAUCCGCAAAAAGUUCGCUUGCGCAGGGUGUGUGCUCAGUGCCACGCUUGAGAAGAAAGGGAGGUGUGCCAACACACGUUAGACGUUCGGUAUCAACCUUCUCGCCGAGAAAACUCUUUGAAAGACACUUCAGUGAUGGCUGAGGCCCACCAGGCAGUGGCGUUCCAGUUUACCAUAACGCCAGAGGGGAUCGACCUGCAGUUGUCCUAUCAGGCCCUGAACCAGAUCUACCUGUCCGGAGUACGAUCCUGGAAGAAACGAGUCAGCCGCCUGAGGAACAGGGUGAUCAAGGGAGUGUAUCCUGCCAGCCCUUCCUCAUGGCUCUUUGUCGUCAUAGCGAUCCUGGCCACCAUGUACAUGCACUCGGAUCCCAGCAUGGGGCUCAUCACAAAGAUACAGCAACACCUGCCACUAAGGUACACAGAAACACAUUACAUUUAGCUGACGCUUUUAUCCAAAUCGACUUACAAUUACUAUAAUUGUAAGUACACAAGGAACUAUGACAAAUACAUGAAUCUGAAUUGUAC